GGAAGCAAGUCUGGACCUUCCCGCCUCCUUUCUCAGGGUCUGUCCGAGCGGAGGAGGGCCACCGCCUCCUCCUGCGAGGAGAAGGGGGGCGGAGCCGGACUCAGCAAGCUUGGGAAGACAAGAGAGAGAGAGAGCCAGAACGCUCGAGCUGGCCGCUGCCGCAGCCUUGGUGACCCGCCAGAUUCUUUAAAAUCCGGUGUUCAGUGUUGAGUGGCAGAAGGUGCCAUGGUGCCGACAGACUCCCAUGUCGGCCUUCAGUAUUCCUAAGAAAGUGGAAAAAGAACCGGAAAUACAGCUUCCUUAAUUUCCCAGAAUGACAAUGGAUUUUCCUGGUCAUUUUGAGCAGAUCUUUCAGCAGCUGAACUACCAGAGACUUCACGGGCAGCUGUGUGACUGUGUCAUUGUAGUGGGGAACAGGCAUUUCAAAGCCCACCGCUCCGUGCUGGCAGCAUGCAGUACGCAUUUCCGAGCACUGUUCUCAGUGGCAGAAGGAGAUCAAACCAUGAACAUGAUCCAGCUAGAUAGUGAGGUAGUGACAGCCGAGGCCUUCGCUGCCCUCAUUGACAUGAUGUAUACCUCCACCCUCAUGCUAGGGGAGAGCAACGUCAUGGAUGUCUUAUUGGCAGCCUCUCACCUGCAUUUGAACUCUGUUGUUAAGGCAUGUAAACAUUACCUGACGACAAGGACGCUCCCCAUGUCUCCCUCUAGUGAGCGUGUUCAGGAGCAGAGUGCCCGCAUGCAGCGCUCUUUUAUGCUGCAGCAGCUGGGACUGAGCAUUGUGAGCUCAGCUCUCAGUUCCAGCCAGAGUGUCGAGGAGUCGUCAGCCCCCAUGAGCUCAUCCAUGCGCAGCAACCUGGACCAGCGGACCCCCUUCCCCAUGAGACGCCUCCAUAAGCGCAAACAGUCCGUAGAGGAGCGCACCCGCCAGCGCCUCCGAUCCUCCAUGGAUGAAUCUGCCAUUUCAGAUGUGACUCCAGAGAGCGGGCCUUCGGGAGUUCAUUCCCGGGAGGAAUUCUUCUCACCGGAUUCUCUGAAAAUUGUGGAUAAUCCUAAACCCGAUGGGAUGGCUGACAACCAGGAAGACAGCGCCAUGAUAUUUGAUCGGCCUUUUGGUGCUCAAGAAGAUGCACAAGUGCCCAGCCAGUCAGAUGGCAGUGCUGGCAACAUGGCCUCUCGUGCAACUCAGGUUGAAACUAGUUAUGAACAAGAAGCUGUAGCUGAGAAAGGCAGUUUCCAGUGUGAAAAUCCUGAAGUUGGCCUUGGGGAGAAGGAGCACAUGAGAGUGGUGGUGAAAUCCGAGCCCCUGAGCUCUCCUGAGCCGCAGGAUGAAGUGAGUGAUGUGACCUCCCAGGCAGAGGGCAGUGAGUCUGUGGAGGUGGAAGGAGUGGUGGUCAGUGCCGAGAAGAUAGACCUCAGCCCUGAAAGCAGUGACCGGAGCUUUUCAGAUCCCCAGUCCAGCACUGACAGGGUCGGGGACAUCCACAUCUUGGAAGUGACAAAUAAUCUAGAACAUAAGACCUCUUUUAGUAUUUCUAAUUUUCUCAACAAGAGCAGGGGGAGUACCUUCAGCGCAAGUCAGAGCACUGAUGACAACCUCCCAAACACCACCAGUGACUGCAGGCUCGAGGGCGAGGCCCCGUACCUGCUGAGUCCAGAGGCCGGGCCAGCAGGCGGGCCUUCCUCUGCCCCUGGUUCCCAUGUAGAGAACCCGUUCAGUGAGCCUGCAGACUCCCACUUUGUCAGACCUAUGCAGGAGGUGAUGGGCCUGCCCUGUGUGCAGACCUCAGGCUAUCAAGGAGAACAAUUUGGGAUGGAUUUUUCCAGGUCUGGCUUGGGUCUCCACUCUUCCUUCUCCAGGGCCAUGAUGGGUUCCCCGCGAGGAGGAGCCAGUAACUUUCCAUACUACCGACGAAUAGCUCCAAAAAUGCCAGUGGUAACUUCUGUCAGGAGCUCACAGAUCUCUGAAAACUCAGCCAGUUCCCAGCUAAUGAUGAACGGGGGCACCUCAUUUGAAAAUGGCCACUCUUCCCAGCCUGGCCCUCCGCAGUUGACCAGGGCGUCUGCUGAUGUCUUAUCGAAGUGCAAGAAGGCCUUAUCAGAGCACAACGUCUUGGUUGUGGAGGGAGCUCGAAAGUAUGCCUGCAAAAUCUGCUGUAAAACCUUCCUGACUCUGACAGACUGCAAGAAGCACAUCCGAGUCCACACAGGAGAAAAGCCGUACGCCUGCCUCAAGUGUGGCAAACGGUUCAGUCAGUCCAGCCACCUGUAUAAACACUCGAAAACGACCUGCCUGCGCUGGCAGAGCAGCAACCUCCCCAGCACCCUGCUCUAAUCGCUCCUCAGACAGCACACAGGCCAGUUCUGCACGGACAUUAAAACCGCUGUUGUUGGGCAACUAUUGCCGCUGGACUCAGUCUCACUGUCCAGUGGCUCUCAUGAAUUUCAGCCAGUAGUAAGCAGAGAACUGUUAGGUGUAGCACUUAUCCUGCACAUUUCUUAGGGUGGAGGAAAACAGUCCUAAAGUAGUUUGUCAUUGUUGUUAAGAGUAUGGCAUUUAAAAAUGGAAGCGCAGAAAACAUUUUAACACUAUUUUAAAGCUCUGUGAAGCAUUUAAUUAAAUUUCCUCUAUCCCGUGAUGGGAGUAUUCCAUCCAUGUACAGCAAUGCAAAGCAUACGUUGUGUGUAACCAGGUGACUUGGUGCUAUCUGAAAAAAGGCCCUGGAGGACAAGGCUGUCUGCCACAGAUGCUUAAAGUGUAUCCUGAGCUAGUCCCAGGCCUCAGAAAGUACUGUUUCUUUUUAUUUUUAUCUGAGUUGCAGUCACAGGCACUGCCCUCUGAUGGUGCUUACACUGGGUCCAGGGGAGUGUGCUCUUGGGCUAGCAGGUGUAUAUACUUUUGAAUACAUCUCUAUGGCAUAGGUGUUUUUAGUAACUUUUCUGUUUAAGAACAAAAGUUGUAAUGGAGUGUGUACUUGUAGGAGUGACAGUGAGGUGUUUUGUCCGUGCUGUGUUAGCAGGGUUUUAACCAAGGUGCAUUUCUGAUGCCGUUUUUUGUUUAAUGUAAGUGGGAAGCUAGUGUCUGUCUUUAUUCUGGUGGUGUGGAGUCCUGUGUAUGGAUUCUCAUGGUGCAUUUGCCUUUCACUCCAUCUGGAUGCCCCAGGCCUCCCAAGAUCAGCUGCUCCUGACCUCGUCACUUCUCAUCCCAAGCCCAUAGAACACCUCUCCUGGGCGUAACCAGUUAGACGAACCAUAGCAACCCUGCUGCCGUGGUUUUAUUUCUGUUCUGUGCUAGGCUCUCAAAGCUACACCUCAGCUUUUAGUGGGGUCACGCCUUCAAGUCAGCUUUGAGUCAUUUGAAACUUAUAUGCAGUAGUGUUCAUGUCAGUUCUUUACAGGCUCUGGAAGAGUCGGGCAGCCUACAGCAUAGAAUUCACCAAAAAUAGCCAAGGUUCUCGGGGUGGCAUUCAGUGCUCUGUCCAGGACUCUCUAUCCUCUGCCUUCCUGUCCCCUGAUGACCAUGCUGUCAGGGCUGCUACAUCCUGACAUGCACCCAGGAGAAUCACACAAGUUCAUGCAUAUAUGUAAGCUCAAGCCGAACAAGACUUUUUUUUCAUACCUUUUUCAGUGAUACCAAACCAUUGUACACAAUUCAGAGAAAUUCAUUAACUUUUGAGAGCCACAUUAUUUCUGUAUAUCCUAAAACAAAAAUGAGCAUAUGUUCUCUUAAGCUGGUGUGACCAUGAAUCUGUGGCUUGACCUGUAAUGAGGGCAUGGCAUCUGAACUGAUUCCCAGGGAAGAAAGCCCGAAUGGAAUGCAGGACUCCCCCUGCUGAGCAGCCGUGGGAAAGAGACCACUGAAGCCAAUGGGGUCCCUUGAGAAGUUGCUGUGUGGCUUACUGUCAGGAGUCCUGUUGAGACACAAUGGAGGUGGGUCUCUCCAUCCACCUUUAUAGGGACCAGUGGGGGUCAGGAGGGUCAGCAUGGAGAACCAGAGCUGCCCUGCUGGUGAGCCAGUGUCACAGGCAGAGUAGCAGUUGUCCUUCCUGUUGUAAGGAUGUGGUGCUUCAAGUCUGUCCCUCACCACGGCUUCGAUACAAGUGGACUUUGCUCUGGGGCCUGUCCCUGGCACUCGAUGGAGCCUGCCUCUCUGCUGCUGGGUGGACCUGGAAUCUCAUCUACCUCGUAGUCAGUCUCUACAUGUGAGAAGCAAGCUUGAGGCCAGUGUCCUCCAACAUGCUGUAGCACUUAAAGAUUUCCAAGGGUCCCUGGGCAACUAGCCCAGGGUCGCUGCAACCUGGAGUUUCACUGGGGAUUCUAACUGGGACUGGGGACCUGACUUUUGAUUUUUAGCCUUAAUUAUAGCCCGGCAUAAUCAUGUAUAAUCUUCUGGAGGUGGCAUCAAGUGUAGAGGCACCCUACACGGGUGCUAAUGCUGGUCAAAACAGAUUUUAAAAUUAAAAAUUUGUCAUAUUCAUGCCUCUAAA